CUGCAGAGGCGCAGGAGGGACCGCGGGGAGGGCGCAGCAGAUCCGGACGGAACAGGGGAAGGAUCGACCCCCGCCGAACAUUUUCAUGGAGAUCGCAACCCCCCUGCAAGCAGAAGAGCAUCGGGGCUCACAGGACCGGAGACCUUUGCAUCAAAAUGGUAGCGCUUCGGAGACUGGGUGCCUGGUUUGCCGUCUGAUAGUUGAAAAGACAACUGACUACCCGACAGCCGAAUACUCUCUGGUGGAGGAUGUAGCCCUCCACUUCACGCGUUUGAUGGACAGACUGAACGAGCAGCGCCUGUUUCAGCCACACCUGUGUGACGUCGACAUUGUCCUGGUGCAGCAGAAGAGGGUCUUCCCGGCCCACAAGGGGGUCCUCGCGGCCUACAGCCAGUUCUUCCAUUCCCUCUUCACCCGGAACAAGCAGCUGCAGAGGGUAGAGCUCUCCCUGGAGGCGCUGACCUCGCGAGGCCUGCAGCAGAUCCUGAACUUCAUCUACACCUCCAAGCUCUUGGUCAACGCCGGCACCGUGCAGGACGUCCUGAACGCGGCGGCCGUCCUGCAGAUGACCCACAUCGCGACGUCCUGCCAGGAGCUCAUCCAGACCCGGUCCCUCAGCUUGGCCAUGGCGAGCAACGUGGCCCUGACGCUGGACGGCUGCGGCAAAAGCGUCCGGUCCCAGUGCUACUGCGACAUCAAGCAGGAGGUGGAUUCCCCGCACCCCAAGAUCUACGCCCGGGAGGGGACCGAGCCGUACUCCGUGCGGGUGGAGGAUGGGGCGGCCUGCGGGGGCAACCAGAGCCUGCCUCCCGUAGCUGGCAAGAAGUAUUACAAGGAGGAGAAAGAUGGCGGCCCACCUGCCUGCAAAGUGGAGGGCGAGGAGGUGGAGCUGGGCGAGCGGGGCUCUUACAACCGUGGCGAGCAGAUCAUUGUGGAGGUCAACCUCAACAACCAGACCCUCAACGUCUCCAAGGGGACGGAAGGGAAGCCUCCCGGGACGCCCCCGGCAGCUGCCCUCACCGCAGUGAUUGGGCAGUCGGAAGGGGAGGGCUGCCCCCCCAAGGAGGGCCGAGAGGAGGAGAAUGGGGACGGGGAGGAGGAGGACGACGACGCAGACGUGGGGGAGGAGGAGGAGGAGGAGGAGGAGCACACGGAAGAGGAGGAUGUGGAAGAGACCACUGACGAGGAGGAGGAGGAAGACGAGGAGGAGGAUGGGGAGGAGGUGGUGGCAGAGAUUAAGACGGAGGCGCAGCCCGGGCUACCCCAUCGGCCCAGCCGGGCUCCCAAGGCCGCCAAAACCAUGUCCACCAGGUCCCAGGAGACGGCCACCGUAGCCGUGGCCACGGAGGAGGACGCUGGCGAGGAGGAAGGCGAGGAGGAAGGCGAGGAGCAGCGAGGCAGGAAGCGGAAGAAGGAGCCCGACGGCCUGGGCCAGAAGGUCAAGCUGGAGGAGAAGCAGCACUACCCCUGCAAGAAGUGUCCGCGCGUCUUCAACAACCGCUGGUACCUGGAGAAGCACAUGAACGUCACGCACAGCCGCAUGCAGAUCUGCGACAAGUGCGGCAAGCGCUUCCUGCUGGAGAGCGAGCUGCUGCUGCACCACCAGACGGACUGCGAGAAGAACAUCCAGUGCGUGACUUGCGGGAAAGCUUUUAAGAAGCUCUGGUCCCUCCACGAGCACAACAAAAUCGUCCACGGUUACGCGGAGAAGAAGUUCUCCUGCGAGAUCUGCGAGAAGAAGUUCUACACCAUGGCGCACGUACGGAAACAUAUGGUUGCCCAUACCAAGGACAUGCCCUUCACCUGCGAAACCUGUGGGAAGUCGUUCAAACGAAGCAUGUCCCUGAAGGUACAUUCCCUCCAGCACUCGGGAGAGAAGCCGUUUAAGUGUGAGAACUGCAACGAGCGAUUCCAGUACAAGUACCAGCUGCGUUCACACAUGAGCAUCCACAUCGGCCACAAGCAGUUCAUGUGCCAGUGGUGCGGGAAGGACUUCAACAUGAAGCAGUACUUCGACGAGCACAUGAAAACGCACACAGGCGAAAAGCCGUACAUCUGUGAGAUCUGCGGGAAGAGCUUUACCAGCCGCCCCAACAUGAAGCGCCACCGCCGGACGCACACGGGGGAGAAGCCGUACCCAUGCGACACCUGCGGCCAGCGCUUCCGGUUCUCCAACAUGCUCAAGGCCCACAAGGAGAAGUGCUUCCGGGUCAGCAGCUCCGGGCCCGCGGAGCCCGGCACCAACAGCGACACCGGCUCCCUGGGGCUCCCCGCGGCCCAGAGCGCUCUCUCGCCCCAGCUGCCGGCCGGGGUCCCCUUCCACUCCGCAGCGCCACAUGCCCAUGCCCUCCCCCUGCCGCACAUGCCUGUGCAUGCACAGAGCGUCCCUCCGCCGCCUCUCUUACCGCCGCCGCCACCUCUCUUCUCCGGUAGCCGCGUGAACUUGAACAACUAGGCCCCCCCGAGAGCGUGCAUAAAACUGGUCUGCCGUUCCGGAAGGGCCUGUCCGGCGUCUCCGGCACAAAUACCACUGACACCCGGGGGAAGAGCUUGGAUCGGGUUUUCUUUAUUUGGUCUCGUUUGUGUUCUGGCCAGGUGUGAUCUUCCGUCUUCAGCUUGAAGGGCGUGAGCCGCUCAGCCCGGAAUAGGAGCCGUCUUUGCUGCUCAAGGCCGGAAGGCCGCAUCUUGCAAGCAUGUAGACCAAGUGCUGGUGCUGGCGAAUUGGGGAAGGGCUGAGGCUGUUUGGCAAGCCGUUCUCUUCCUCACCUGUCCCGCCAGGUGUGUGUGUUGGGGGGCAUAGAAAGAGCAUGUGUGUUUCCUCUGGAGCUUGUGGCCACGGAUCCUUGGUUUGAGCGAAAAAGCUUAGCAGGGAAGCCACGUAGUUCCAUGUUUUCUGUUUAAGGGAAGCACAAAAAGUGGAAGAGAAGAGUGAAGGUCAUGAGGCGGCCACGGAGGUUUCCGAUUUGGUCCUCGCGUCUUCUCAAGACCAGCCUUUCAUUUGUCCCUUUCUCUCCAUCGCUUUUUAUUAGACAAAUUCGUGGCAGAGAAAGGCUGCUCCUCAUGGCACCAGUGGCUGAUUGUGAAGGCUCCAUGCGCCCUCCCCUCUCGGAGGCAGUAUGCUGGGGCAUGCAAGCAGGAGCACCUGGUUGCAAAUGACUUCCCAUGGGCACUUGACAGGCGAGCAGUGGCGAAUGGAUGCCCACAGGUGGCAGAAAAUUCCCAGGCUCCUUUCUCGGCAUCUUACCCCUUCCUAAUACUAUUUUUAAUUAACCCGGUUGAUGUAGGAGGUGACCCUACAGCACGUUGGACCACAUGUCCAUCUGACCCCAUGUGCUGGGCACUAAAUGACAGUAAAGACUGCAGGUUUUUCAGAGGUAGGGCCAGAUUCAGUUGGGGCCCAAAGAAGUCUCCUUAAAGGAGCUAUUUCACUGGCUGGGCUUCGAAACCUCCCUUCACCAUAUAAAGUCAGAGCUUUGAACUGGGACAAGUUCCGUCUCUUUUGCUGUGCUCCCAGUGACAGCCCUCCUGAGUUGGUAGCCGGGGCAGCAUCUCAGCAGCAUGGCAGCCGUGCCCACGACCCCAAACGUUUGCUUGCCCCCGAAACAGGCCUCCGUUCCCACGCGGCGCAGCGGAUCACCGGCUGUUCAGCACGCCCUGCCGUUCCUCAGCUGCCGUAUUUGCUGCGCACUGACGGAACGGGUGCCGGCAAAAAACUACUCCCUUUUUGAACCGCCUGUGCAGCAAAAAGGACAGAGGCUUUGGUCUCCGCCCCACCUCGGUCGUCUCCGUUUUGGUCCGUGCGCCCAAGCCGUUGCCUGCCUGCGUAGGUUCGAGCAAGGCGUCCCGGAUGCUCUGGCUCUAGAGAAGAAGCCUCAGCCUGGAGUUGAGGCGAGCUGAGUGGGGCUGUCACGGAUAAGGCAUUUUGAAGGGCUCUUGCUCAUAGGGUUGCCGUAAGAGACGACUGAAUGGCACAUUCAGCAGCGUCCGAUUCAGCGUUGAGAAAAGGUUUAGAGUAAAGAGAAACAGACCUGGGCUCAGGGAUCCGCUUCCAGCACUUGGUCUACAUCCUUCCUGGAUUCCAGCAGAGGGAUCUUGUCCUUGCCGGGCCUUAACAUACGAAAGCGCCUCUGGACACAUCCCACGCCUAGGUUUCCUCCGAUGGACUUGCUUGAUCCAGCUUGGGGGAAAGACGCCUGGCCUUUUAAUUUUUUAAAAAAAGUUAUGAAUCUAUUAUUUUAACCUUCUUUGCACUUUAUUAAUCCAUCAUAAUAACCCUUCCUCAAUAGGAUGCUCGUAAGUUAUUCUAGGCUCUGUGGCAGCUGGCGGAACAUCGGCUCGGGGCCAGUUCCCCGGAGCGCCGCUGUUGAGCCAGCUCCAUUCACUUCUGUGGCGUGUGCCCCUUCCGACCCGGCGGGGGUGGGCGGAGCUUGAGCCCCAGCAGCACGAGGGUGGCGUUGUCCCGUCAGCUUGCAGAAACAGUGCGCGGAAUUUGUCCGUGCGCAUGGACCUUGUAGGAGUUCCAUUGGAAAUCUGCUUUGGGGGCAGAGGGCUGGUGUUGUUCCUCUUUCCCCCGCCCCCCGAACCUGGGAAUCCUUUCCCUCUCAGACAUCCAGACCUCUUUGCCUCUUUACGUAUGUUUUGUUGUGUUUCUGUGAACUCGAGCAGGGCUGGUCCCUGGAAUAACAGCCAUAACACGUGCACGGACAAGGAAGGACGAAGCGAAGACGUUGUGGCUGGAGCAGGAAGGUCGAGAUGGUGCAAUGAAGUCUCGUGGCAGGGUGUUGGGACAGACAGACAGCACGGGAUUGAACUCUUCGGGGAAGAAGCGUUGACUUCUCUUGCCUUCGGCUAGCCUGAAAGCAGGCUGCCCAGUAUGAUCCUCCUUGGAUAGACCUCUUCAAGAGACUAUAGAGCGGGGGUUAACACUGGGAGAAGAAGAGUGCAUUUUCUAUCUCAAAACGUCAGUAGCAUGUAUCAGCCCAAAAGAAUGACAAAGAAACAAGCAAACAAUUAUUUCACAUGCCUCAAGCUAAUUUUCUGAAUGCCUGAUACUUGGAGGGGUAGCAGAUUUCUGGCAUUCGUUCUCAGUUGCCCAGAUAUGCCAAGAAGGGGGGUGGGGUGGGAAUUGUGUAUUGGUGGCUCUCUUCUAGUGUGAAAAAAAAAUCACAACGAAGCACUUUAUUCUGUAUGGAUCUUGAAGGACUGAGAUGGGCGGGAAGGUGGAGCUGAGUUCUGAGACCUUUUUUGUUGCUCAAGAGGCAUCUUAAGGAAUGUUCUAGAAAAUAUAUUGCAUUUUUUCGUUUUAACAAUCACACAUAUAACCUGCAUAUGUUUUUAUUUCUAACCUGUGGGGGAAGCGGUACUCCACCAGAACUCAUUCUGGCUUCUCUUGUAUUUCUCCAGCAUCACCUUCAGGACGCCCGCAGGGAGGUACCCUGGUACCAAGGGUGCUUCCCUUCACUGGGGUCACCGCUUUUCUUCCCCUUUUUGCCGAGUAACACUACCGCCGGAGUGGGGGACUGAUCUGGAGUGAGAGGGUCGCAUCUCCCACCCAGCCCUCAGCAGGCUGGGUGAUGCUGGGGACCCACUGGCACCCCCCAGAAACUUCCUUCUAGCCCUCUCCGCUUUUCUGACCUCUCCGGCUGGGGUCUGAGACGCCACUAAAACCAACUGGGGAGCUGCUAGGAGGAAAAGCGGAGGCAGCAUGUGGAUUUGGGGGCAUAUCAGGUAAGGGUUUAAAAUCUCCCGCACCCUGCCUGAUGUUCCCCUUGCCUUUGGUCCCACCUGCUUAUUAGCAUUAACCAGCAAAGCUCCAGAAGUUUCUGGAAAGCGUUGUCCAGCCAGCAGAGAGACACCGGGAACAGGUGUUCCCUGCCUGAGCUCGGGUCCCUCGGAGAUGCUCCGAGCCCCUCUCAUCCAGCUCCCCUUCUCCUCCUAGGCCUGUAGCCCCGUUACUCCAAAAAAGGUUGACCCUUCUCAGAAGUGGUGACACUUUGCUUUUAAAAAAGAAAUAAAUAAAAUUGGUUUAAAUAACUUCCAA